AUGGUGAAACCGCUAAUCACCCUAUUAUGGAUCAAUUUGAUCUGCCUUAUCAGUGGCGGUGACAUUCGUUUUUCCGCAGCACCGAAGUAUGAUGGGCCGCUACCGAUAGAACGGGCCGGUGAGAGCCUCCUGUCCGAGCAGUUGUUCGCCAUCAUCGACCUGUACAAGCUGGAGGACCCGGUCGGGCUGCCGGGUGCCACCAUUCCGGACCCGAUGCCCAUUCCGGAGAUUAAGCAGUCGUUUUCGUUCGCCAAGAUGCACCUGCGCAACGUACUCGCGCAGGGCAUGUCAAAGUUUCGCAUUCGAUAUUUCCACACCGAGCUGAACAGCAUGUCCGUCCAGACGCAGGUGUCCAUCGACGAGAUUGCGGUCAACGGGAACUACACGAUGAGCACGUUCUUCAACCGGGCGGAGGGUCCUUUCACGGUGCUGAUGAAGAAUGUGCUCACGAAAGCGAACGUGUCACUGGCCGUCGACCGGGACGGUACGCUGCGCACGAAGGACAUCGAGCUGGACAUCGCGUUCGACGACAUGGCGAUGGACUUCCAGAACCUUGGUUUCAUGGGUUCCAUCUUCCAGAGCGUGGUGAACUCGGCCUCGAACCUGGUCUACGAUACGAUGAAACCGUUCAUGCUGUCCGAGGCGUACACGAAGAUCCGCGAGGAGGUGGACAGCCGGAUGCUGAAUUUUACGGUUGCGCAGGAGAUCACGCUGCCGAACUCGAUCACGCCGCUCGAUAUGGCCAUCGGUGAGAUGCGUAUUCUCGUGCGCAACAAGGGGCUGGAUCCGUUCCUGGUGCCGGACUACAACAACACGGCCGGUAUCUUUGGCAUGCAGACGAUGCACACCUGGAUCACCGGUGGAUCAAGCUUCUACCGUUACGGGGACAUCACCGUGAUGAUGCAGAACAACUCGGCCACGCUUGGGAUGCACGUGGCAACGCAACGCAUCGUCGGGUCCACGCAGUGGGAGGUGUCGAUCGGGCGUGGUAUGCUGUCGCAACCGGGCCGGGCCCAGUUCACGGUGGAGUAUAUCCGUGUUGCGGUCCAGAUCGAACAGCCGUUGGAUUUGCGCAAGAAGAUCCAACUCCGAGACGUUCAGCUCGAGCUUGGCAACAUUCAGGUACGGUGUGACGGAGCCGGCACGCUUGACUACGUGAUCGAGGCCGCUGUCAACAUAUUACCCAAUCUGCUGCGGUACCAAAUUAUGGACGCGAUCGAGAACCCGCUGAGGAUGCGCAUCCAGGAGAAGCUGGAUUGCAUCAACACCGAAGCGUUGGUGCGAAAGUUCGUCCAAGAAUACGAACAAAACGGAAUCGACAUCAACUUCCAGGACAUGGAGCUUUGCGAGCCACAGUUCAUUAGUACAGCACCUGUAUAGAAUAUGAGUUGACGUAUUGUGUUGUUAGCUACCCAACUGCUGGGUUUAUUGGUAAAAUAUGAAUUGCUGCACAUUAAUGACAAA